AUGCCCAGUAGGCCCAUCCAGCUUGACUCUAUACCCAUCGAGAGAGCUGCUCCCUUCCACUUAAAGUGUCUGGCCAGCACACUGCACUCCCCAGCAUGCAGUCUCAAGGCUUCCAAGGGACACCCUGCUCUAUGUGUAGCCUAUAGUGGCCAGGAGCAACAGCCGAUCCUCACAGAGAAGGUCGCCGUACGAGGGAUGAUAGUAGGAGUUCGUAGGGGACCCAAACUGGUCGAGAUGUCCAUUGACGAUGGUAGCGGGGAGUUACUCAGUUGUGUUCUUUGGGAGUCCUCAGCCGAGGCCUGGAGGCAACUCCCCGACGAGGCCACGGAACUCCUAUGUAGAGUUGUGGGUGUGAAGGGACAUUUGAGGACCUUUCGGAACAAACUGCAGAUCAGGAUCACCUCACUAGAGGGUAUAUACGACUAUCUGCCGGACCAAGAGGCUCAGUGGUGGCUUGAUGUGGUGGAGGAGUGGGACCUUGUCCAGACUAGAAUCUUCGAGCACUGCAUUUGCCCUCGACCAGCAGAGAUCAUCCAGCUAGGCCCAAUCAGCUGCCAGCGGUAUACUCUGUGCCCAUGCCGAUGCCACCGGAGGCCCGACUUCCCCUGUUAUGUAUCGGACUGUGCCAGGAGGCUCCCACCAGCGUUUGCCUCGGCUGUUGCCGCCUAUAGGACGGUCAUUCGCGUGCUGAUCGAUUGGAGGCGUCACAAGGGUACUAUCCCUUCCUCCAGCGAGAUAAGGGAUUUCAGGCGGGCCUUCGAGGCUACCUAUACGCGAUACCACGUGCCUUUUGAUGAGAAUGGCACCUCGAUACGGCUAUCGGGGAAAUGUGUAUCGAAGUGUGUAGCCGCGAUGGCCAUUGAGGAGUUGGUCACUAGUGGGGAGCUCUCUCGGGAUGAGGACGGCACUCUGAAGGCCCACGACCUCCGCAGAGAGGCAUUGGAUAGUGUUCGCCAUUGGGUCGCCUCUGCUGAUGACACUCAGCCCCAGAAGGUCUCAGUUGGUGAACUGGGCUCGGCAAUUUACAUGAAAAUUCGGGGAGAAGUGUACUUCUAUGUAGUGAUGGAAGAUAUAGAUGAGGUUGGUGGAGUGUUUUACCACUUCGAACAUGAUGAUCUCGUCCUGAGCCGAGACACCCCAACACCAGUGGACAACCUCAAGCGCCUCGACAGUGCCAUCCGGGCUAAAACGCUCACUCGAUCCUUCUUGGACAUUCGAACGCCCUUUGAGCUCACUAGAGUCACCAACGACGGCGAUGGUCUUCCCGAUGAGCCUACGGUGAAGGAGGCAUCUAAGGAGACCGCAAUCGAGACUUCCUCUGUUACUAGCAGCUCCUCUCAGUCUUCGUGGGGACUCGACGUGGACACCAGCAAUACAGUAACGGAGCUUUCUAUAAUGACCAG